AGCGUCGCAGUAGUUCCGCUGUGUGUCCGCUCCUGAUACCGAGAAGGGAUUAGUGAAAAACACCCCGGGACGAAUUCGGCUUCAGAGUUUGUCGGCCACCGGGUCUCGCAGCUUGGCCCGGACAGAGGAUAACCUCUGCUACUUACAACACUUCGGAGAUUUAGGGAUGAACUGAGGAUGAAUGUAAACCAGCACACUCCAAUGGCCCCUCCUUAUGGCCAGCCACAGCCUGGCUACAGCCACCCUGGCUACGCUCCUCUGGAUGCUGGAUACUCUGGGCCCUAUGCACCCUACAAUGGCCCUGCUUCAGCCUACCAACCUGGAGCUCCACCGCAAGAAUAUUCUCCUUUCUCAAGCUUUCCCUCUAAGACUGUGGCAGCCAACCCAGUCUCUGACCUCUCCUCUCCUCUUGACUUAGGUCCCACCAGAGGUCCUCCCACCUCUGGACCCCCGCCAGUCUCGGCGCCUCAAGCAUACAACCAGUACAGUCAAGGAAACAUGCAGAAUGGACCCCCACCUAUGACACAAGCACCACCAAGGCCUGCUGUGUCUCAGCCUUACAACCAAGGAGCGGUAAACCUGUCGGGGCCACACUCUGGCUACCCCCAACAAUAUGGGCCCCAACCCACAAUGCACCAGGUCACUAACCAGAUGACCGGGAUGCAGAUCACUUCUGGACCACCAACUCCAGCGGGCCCAGGAUAUGUUCCACCUCAGAGCUCUCAGCCUUCAAUCAGUACACCCUACUCAACCGCACCUCCACCCACCUAUACCCAAGCCCCUCCCCUUACGUCAUCUGCUGCCCCCCAGCCACCACAUCCCAGUGGCCCUGCAACCUCACAGCAAUACUAUGGAGGACCACCGCCUCCUGCUCAGCAGCCAUUCAGCUCCUCUCUUCCCCCAACCUCACAACAGCAAUUCUCUUCUGGACCACCACCUCCUUCUCAGCAGACCUUUCCUCCCUCCUCCUUCUCUGGUCCUGUGCCUCCACCCAGCCAAGCUCCCGCUCCCCCAGUCUCCCAGCCACAACAGUCCUUUCCCCCAACCCAGCCCCCCUUCUCCUCAGCACCUCCACCUGUUGGCCAGCCAGCCUUCCACUCUGGUCCUCCUCCUCCUGUCCAGGGCUCCUUCCCACCCAGAGCACCCGCUCCUUCCUCUCAGCCUGGAUCUUUUCCUCCUCCAGGGCCUCCUCCCACUUCAACUGCCUCUGGCCAAUACCCAGGCCCCAUGCCACCUCAACAGCAGCACCCUCCAUCCCAACCAUCCCCUUAUCACUCAGGUCCACCUCCUCUCAGAGCUCAGAUGCCUCCCACGUCCAUGGCUCAAAGCAACCACCUGCCUCCAGGACCUCCAGGACCUCCAGGACCACUGGGCCCUCCUGGGCCCUUGCAGCAGGCUCCACCUCAGCCUGGUAUGCAGGGAGGGUACCCCCCUCAGCAGAAUGGUGCUUUUGGGCAGGUGAGAGGCCCUCAGCCUGGCUAUGCAGGCCCUUAUCCUGGGCAACCAAACUAUGGAACCCCUGCACCAGCACCUGCUCCUGCUCCAGCUGCACAGAAAAGACUUGACCCUGAUGCCAUUCCUAGCCCGCAAGCGUCUGACAUGCCGGCUGUGCAGAAAUCACGACAUAGAAUAGAUCCAGAUGCUAUCCCCAGCCCAAUCCAGGUAAUAGAGGAUGACAAGGUAAAGUCCACCGAGCCAUUCACCACAGGGGUGAGGGGGCAGGCUCCACCUCUGGUCACUACCAACUUUCAGGUCAAAGACCAAGGGAAUUCCAGUCCCAGGUUUAUUCGCUGCACUGCGUAUAAUAUGCCUUGUACAGCUGAUAUGGCCAAGCAGUCUCAAGUGCCAAUGGCUGCCGUCAUUAAACCCCUUGCCACGCUGCCGCCAGAUGAGACUCCUCCAUACCUGGUGGACCACGGCGAGGGCGGUCCGAUCCGCUGCAACCGCUGCAAGGCAUACAUGUGUCCAUACAUGCAGUUCAUAGAGGGAGGUCGCCGCUUCCAGUGUGGAUUUUGUAGCUGUGUCACAGAGGUGCCUCCGCAUUACUUCCAGCAUCUGGACCACACUGGUAAAAGGGUGGACUGCUAUGACAGGCCAGAGCUUUCGCUGGGCAGCUAUGAGUUCCUGGCCACUGUUGACUAUUGUAAGAACAACAAGAUCCCUCAGCCUCCAGCCUUCAUCUUCCUUAUCGAUGUGUCCUACAAUGCUGUGAAGAGUGGCAUGGUCCACAUUGUCUGCCAGGAACUCAAGACUCUUCUAGACCACCUGCCCAGGGAGAACCCAGAACUGGACUCAGUGGUGCGGGUGGGCUUUGUCACCUACAACAAGGUUUUGCACUUCUACAACGUCAAGUCAACUAUGGCCCAACCCCAGAUGUUGGUGGUGUCGGACGUGUCGGACAUGUUUGUACCCCUGCUCGAUGGUUUCCUGGUCAACAUGAAGGAAAGCCGACUAGUUAUUGAGAGUUUACUCGACCAGAUCCCAGAGAUGUUUGCAGACACCAGGGAAACUGAGACAGUCUUUGGACCUGUGAUCCAGGCAGGACUUGAGGCACUGAAGGCUGCAGAUUGUGCUGGGAAGCUGUUUGUGUUUCACACCUCGCUGCCCAUCGCAGAGGCUCCUGGAAAACUAAAAAACAGAGAGGACAAGAAGCUGAUUGGGACAGAUAAGGAGAAGUCGCUGUUUCAGCCCCAGGUGAAUUUCUACAACACUCUCGCUAAAGAGUGUGUGGCUCAGGGCUGCUGCGUCGAUCUUUUCCUCUUCCCGAACCAGUAUGUGGAUGUUGCCACGUUAUCAGUGGUUCCUGUCUCCACUGGAGGUUCAGUCUACAAAUACACCUACUUCCAGGCCCCGUCAGAUCAGGAGCGUUUCCUGAACGACCUCAGGCGAGAUAUUCAGAACCCGGUUGGGUUCGACGCCGUCAUGAGGGUGCGAACCAGCACAGGUAUCCGGGCGACCGACUUCUUUGGCUCCUUCUUCAUGAGUAACACCACAGACGUGGAGCUGGCGGGCCUGGACUGUGACAAGGCCAUCACUGUGGAGUUCAAACACGAUGACAAGCUCAGCGAGGAAACGGGGGCACUCAUGCAGUGUGCCGUGCUUUACACCAGCUGCAGCGGACAACGGCGACUCCGGGUUCACAACAUGGCUGUUAAUUGCUGCUCUCAGCUGGCCGAUCUCUACCGCAAUUGCGAGACCGACACAAUCAUCAACUUCUUCUCCAAAUAUGCUUUCCGUGGUAUCCUGAACAACCCCACCAAAGCAGUGAGAGAAACUCUGAUCAAUCAGUGUGCUCAGAUUCUGGCCUGCUACAGGAAGAACUGUGCAAACCCCUCGUCAGCUGGUCAGCUAAUCCUGCCAGAGUGUAUGAAGCUGUUACCGAUCUAUCUGAACUGUGUGCUGAAGAGCGACGUGCUGCUGCCGGGAGCCGACGUCUCCCUCGACGACCGGGCUUACCUGAGGCAGUUGAUCAGCUGCAUGGACGUCGCCGACUCCCACGUCUUUUUCUACCCCCGUCUGCUGCCACUGAUGAAGCUUGAAAGCGGGUCAUUGCCAGUAGCGGUGAGGAACUCGGAGGAGAGGCUGUCGAAAGGAGGGGUUUACCUCCUGGAGACGGGGCUCCACCUUUUCCUGUGGGUGGGAGCCAGCGUUCAGCAGGAGCUGCUGGUCAACAUCUUUGGCACGCCGAGCUUCAGCCAGAUCGACCCGAGCAUGACAAGUCUACCAGAGCUGGAUAACCCCUUUUCACAGAGACUUCGAGAAAUCAUCGACUCCUUCAGAGCGCAGCGAUCACGAUACAUGAAGCUGAUGGUGGUGAAACAAGAAGACAGAUCUGAGCUGAUAUUCAGACACUUCCUGGUCGAGGACAAGAGCGGCAGUGGGGGGGCGUCGUAUGUGGACUUCCUGUGUCACAUGCACAAGGAGAUUCGCCAGCUUCUCAGCUAGGCCCCCCCAGAAUUACCUUUAGUCACUUGUAUGACCCUCACCUUCACUGAACCCUACUUGGUUGACACCCCCCACCCCCCCCAUAAUCGAAAGAAAGCGCUUUACCUUGUUUGUUUGUUUAUUUAAAACCUAACAAACUGAAGCUCUCUUUGCUGUCUGCCACAGACCAGCUGGUGGAUCUCAUGGUGUGAUUGAUACUGUGUGUGUCUGUGUGAGUGUGUGAGAGAGAGAAAGAAAAAGAGGAUCUGAUGGUAACAGAGCUUUACUCUGCCUCAAAUCGACUGCUCCAACACAGCAGGAGCAAAAUAACUGACGAGAGAGAGAGAGAGAGAGAGAGAGAGAGAGAGAGAAUAAUCAUGUGUAAAUACACAAGUGAACAAUUGCAUGUAUGCAGCAGACGUAGUGAGUGAUGGCAACAGCUGUCCGUGUGCCGUCUGUUACCGGCACUGAAAGGCUGUUGUAGGUGCAUAAGCAAACACUUUUUAUAUGAUUGAAUCCAAAUAGAGUGAAGGACUUUGACUUACAAGAUAUAAAUGGAAUUAAAUAUAUUCUGUUCUUUCUGUCUCUUGCCCCCAUUUAAUCCUGGCCUUGGUAUCCUUUCCCCACACUCCUCCGAUCUUUGUUUAUUAUUAUUAUUUUUUUUUUUUUUCCAGAUGUGAUGGGGAUUAGUUGCCCGAUGGAUGGUGUGGCUCCAGGUUCAGGCAUCUGAAUAUCAGCUCAGCUGCAAAUAUACUGAAUAUUAAGAUACACUGAUAACCAGUUAUUACACUAAUUGGGACGAUGAUUUAAAUUGGUUCUGGCUGAGUCGUCUGUCUUUGUCGAUGCAAACAUCUGCCUCUGAAUCAUGGAUGAGCCACUUGUGCAUUUCAAACUGCUGAUGUGAUUCCUCUGAUGUGAAAGCUUAAAGUCUGCAGCACUGAAAGGUCGGUUACAGAAUAAAUAAAGAGUUAGGAGGAUGAAAGAAGGACAAAGGACUUCCGACACCUGAGAGAUUGGAAAUCCAUUUCUGUGGAUGACCCUGUUUGUUUACGGUGUGUAGUGCUGCAUACUUCAUAUGAAUGAAAAACAAUGGUUGUCUACAAAAUGCGAUUUCCAGCAGACAGAUCUAAGCGGACGGCUGAUAAAUGGACAUCAGAUCUAAUGUUUGCAAGUUGUCUCCGCACUGGCGAUGUCCGGUGUGUAAAUAAAAUAUAUAAUCUGUACAGAAUUAAUAGAAAAUAACGAUUUUAAAGAACGGCCUGGACAGCUGUGGUUUGUGGAUGGUUGGUUUCUCUGUCACAAAUAGCCGAAAUAUAAAAUCAUGGCUUUUACUGGAGAGACUAAGGCUGACUUUGUGAUCUUUGUCUGUCUGUGUUUGUGUGUGUGAGAGUGAGAGAGAAUGAGAGAGAGAGGUGUGAGUGAAUGUCGGGUGGGUCCUGGUGAAUUUCUCCUGAGGAACAGAGGGAGCAGCCACCACACACACACACACACACACACGACAUUAACUUCAGUCCUCUUCAUUAUCUCACACUCUAAUUUUUUUUUUUUUUUUUUAAGCAGUGACUGGUGUGUGUGUGUGGUGCCCUCUCUUCCGUCUUUAUGUUCACAGAUGUUGAUAGACCCCAUUGUCUUUACUGUAAUCUUAAUUUCUGUUCCUUUUUUGUUGAUUUGUUUUUUAUUGCCUCUUGGGACUGCUAAUAAAAAUGAGGUUAAAAGUAAAACGCCA